UCAACUCAAAAUUUCAUGGUUUCUGCGUUUGCUUCCCAAAAUUUGAUCCUAAUGGCACUUCAGCUUCUUCUAGUUUUCAUUAUUCUCCUCUUUGGGAGCUCAUUGAGCCUAGUAGAAUCAGUCGUCAUGAACAAGACAGAUCGAUUAGCUUUGCUGGAUUUCAAGAAACAAAUUGAUGAUCCGUAUGGAGCACUAAGUUCUUGGAAUGAUUCCAUCCAUUUCUGCAACUGGGUAGGGAUCACAUGUGGUCAUCGGCAUCAACAACGGGUUAUCAUCCUGGAUUUACAAGGGAAUGGCUUGGGAGGUAACAUAUCUCCUUCCAUUGGGAAUCUCACUUUUUUGCAUAUAUUAAACAUUGCCAACAAUAGCUUCUAUGGCAAAAUCCCCCAAGAAAUUGGUAAGUUGAUUCGUCUACGGUCCAUUCUUUUUCUGAACAACACUUUCGAAGGAGAAAUUCCUACUAGCUUGGCCAACUGCACUCGUCUAAGAGUAAUCUACUUCUCUAGGAACAAUCUUGUGGGGAAGAUUCCAAUUGAACUAUUUAUGUCAAUGUCAAAGCUAGAGGUAAUUGCUAUUUAUUCUAAUGGAUUAACAGGAGAAAUACCAGCUUCUUUUGGGAACAUUUCCUCUGUGCGAAAAAUCACUUUGGGUGAAAAUAGACUACAGGGGAGUGUUCCAGAAUCCUUUGGUCAGCUAACAAACUUAUACUUCCUAUCAAUUCAGGAAAACAAGUUAUCUGGUAUAUUCCCUGUCUCAAUAUAUAAUCUCUCAUCUCUUGAAGUUAUCUCUCUCACACAAAACCAAUUGCAUGGGAGCCUUCCACUAGACAUAGGCCUCACUCUUCCAAAUCUUGUAGAACUAUACAUUGGAGGGAACCUUUUCUCAGGGAGCAUUCCGAAUUCCAUCUCCAAUAUUUCAACACUCCAAGCACUUGAUCUCGAUAGAAACAGUUUUGUUGGACCCAUCCCUAAUAACUUAGGAAAUCUUCAAAACCUUCAAUGGUUCAGUAUUGCUAAAAAUCAGUAUGGAAUAGAGGCAGUUGGUGAAUUGGAUUUUGUAAAUUCUUUGGUCAAUUGUACACAGCUAGAGUUUUUGGAUCUAAGCCAUAAUGGUUUUAAGGGUCGCCUUCCCAAAUUUAUAUUCAAUCUUUCAACACAGUUAUCAAUACUUGGAUUGGGAGGUAAUAAAAUAUCAGGAACCAUUCCUGUUGGAAUUGAAAAUCUUGUCAGCUUAACUGAAUUGGGCAUGGAGCUUAACUUUCUUGAAGGUAAUAUUCCGUAUGAUAUAGGAAAACUUCAAAAGCUUCAAAGAUUAUUCUUGGAUGGAAAUAGACUUUCAGGACAAAUACCUUCCUCUAUAGGUAAUCUCACUCUUUUGUAUGAACUCCAUAUAGACCACAAUAAUUUAAAUGCCAGCAUCCCUUUCAGCAUUGGAAAUUGUCAACAGUUACAGUACCUAACCCUUUUUAGUAAUAGCCUCCAAGGCCCAAUACCUAAACAACUCUUUCUUAUUUCCUCUUUAUCAAUAUCUCUAGACUUAUUUAAUAAUUCUCUGAUCGGUUCCUUACCAAUAGAAAUUGGUAAUUUGAAGAGUCUUUCUACAAUAGAUGUUUCUGAAAACAAAUUGUCUGGGGAAAUCCCCUACUCUAUUGGUGACUGUCAUAGUUUGGAACAUCUUUCUAUGAGGGGUAAUUUCUUUGAAGGAACCAUUCCUCAAUCUUUGACUCUUUUGAAGGGGCUUCAAGAUUUAGAUCUCUCACACAACAACUUAUCAGGGAAAAUCCCAAAAGAUCUAGAGAAAUUUACAGUAUUACAGAGUUUGAAUUUGUCCUUCAAUAAUCUUGAGGGGGAGGUACCAAUAAAAGGAAUCUUUGGAAAUGCAAGUGCAAUUUUGGUGAAAGGAAAUGAAAAGCUUUGUGGGGGAAUUGCAGAGCUACGACUACCUAAAUGCAUCAACCAUGGAUCUACGAAACAAGAAAAGUCCAACGCUUUUAGAAUGAUUUUGUCAAUCACCGUUGGGGUUCUUGGUUUUCUUUUGAUAUCUUUCUUUCUUUUCCUUUAUUGGAUGAGAAAAUCAAAAAGUGAACCUCCAUCCAUAUCAUUAAUUGCUGAACAAUUUUUAAGGCUUUCUUACAAAGAGCUCUUCCAAGCUACUGGAGGAUUUUCUUCAGCUAAUUUCAUAGGCUCUGGUAGUUUUGGAUCUGUUUACAAAGGGAUUAUUGACCCCGAUGAAACAAUUGUCGCAAUCAAGGUGCUCAACCUUCAAAAUCCAAGAGCUUACAAAAGCUUUACGGCUGAAUGUGAAGCAUUGAGAAAUAUCCGGCAUCGAAAUCUUGUCAAGAUUUUAACUUCCUGCUCAAGUCUUGAUUUAAAAGGUAAAGAUUUCAAAGCCCUUGUUUAUGAGUUCAUGCCCAAUGGGAGUCUAGAUGAUUGGUUGCAUACGCCGAUGGAGGUACAUAAUCAUUCAAGGAAUUUAAGCUUUAUUCAAAGAUUAAACAUCGCACUUGAUGUGGCUUCUGCAUUGGAUUACCUUCAUUAUCACUGUUAUGCACCAAUUGUUCACUGUGACUUGAAGCCAAGCAAUGUUCUACUUGACAAUGAUAUGACUGCACAUGUUAGUGAUUUUGGUUUGGCGAGAAUACUUUUAGGACAAAAAGGCGAAAAUUCAUCACAGACUCAAACUAGUACCAGUGGGAUAAAAGGAUCUACUGGCUAUGUUGCUCCAGAAUAUAGCAUGGAUGGAAGGGCGACCAUACAAGCAGACGUGUUUAGCUAUGGGAUCCUUUUAUUGGAGAUGUUCAUUGGAAAAAGACCAACAGAUCAAAUAUUUACUGAUGGUUUACAUCUUCAUAACUUUGCAAAGACAGCUUUACCUGCACAUGUGAUGCGAAUUUUAGAUCCAACUCUCCUACCCAAAGAAAAACAAAGUGAAAAAAUUGAGGAUAAAACUGAAGGUCCUAAUCAAUGGACAGAUCAAUUGCAAGAUUGUGUGACGUCAAUAAUUGAAAUUGCACUCCAAUGCUCUAUGGAAUCGCCAAGAGAACGUAUGAAUAUGAACGAUGUUGUAAGAGGACUACAGUUAAUCAAGGGAAAAUUUCUUGAAACAAGAAUCUCCCAGCAUCUACACUGAUUAGAAGAAUUGUUCAAGAUCGAUUCAGGAUGAUCCGAUCGAUUCAGGAUGAUCCGAUCCGAUUCCUCAGACCAUGGUUCUUAGACCUGCUUGAUCACUACUGCGCUGAAGUAGAACUGUACGGGCCAACCCGUCAAAAA